AUGGAACGUUUUUUCGAUGCAGAACAUGAGGCUUUUCAACAACGUUCACUUCUUCCUGAUUUAAAUAACGAUCAAAUAUUGUCAUUAGAACAAGCUUGUGAUCUAUUCAAAAGACGCAUAAAAAAGAUUGAUUCGAUGAUUAAAAGUGCCAAGAAAAAUUCUUCCAAUGUGAAACAUAAUCUGAGCAUCGAUGAAGCUGCUGCUAUUUAUCUCUUUACUAUGGAACAAACUGAAGCAAAACAUACUGUUUACAGUCAACUAAAUCAAGCACUUCGCUCUGAGGACAAUAUUCAUUUAGAACCUUGGUAUCACUAUUUCAGACUCCUGUCCAUGGCCUUAGAGAAACUACCAUCAACUAAAUGUGUAGUUUAUCGUGGUGUUAGAAACGAUGUUCGGAAAAAAUACGAGCAAGAGCACGUUUAUUGGCGAGGUUUUAGUAGUUGUUUGAAGACACAGAAAAGUAUAGAGAAGCAGCUCGGUAAAAAAGGUACACGUAUUCUAUUUGAAAUCCAUUGCAUCAAUGGAAAAUCUAUCGGUGAACUUUCCUGCCUCGAUAAGAAUGACGAAGUUAUUCUGAUGCCUAAUAUUUACUUGAGAGUAUUGAGCAGAAUUAAGCAACCAAACGGAGUACAUGUUAUUCGUUUGCAGGAAGAGUCAGAUUCAUAUGAUUCAGAUAGCACGCCCACUAAACAGCCAUCGAUGACAAAUCAAUCCCAUACAGAAACACAGUGGUCAGGAGUGCAUUCUGCUGGUGCAUUUCGCGCAGAGCAUCCAUGGCUCGACCGCCAAUUUCAUUCUCAAGGUAGUCGAUCUAUCGUCAAGCCAGAUGAACUUCAAGAUCGUAUGGAUGAUCCUCCUGCGGAUAUUGAUGGUGAAAUCUACAAUCGUAUUCGCGGAUCCAUUGUUGCAAUGUCGCUGGGUGANAUGAUCGUGAUAAGAUCUUGGGAAAUACAAAAACUGUUUUAA